AUGAAGCCGCAGAACAUCAGGACCCUCUCUCUCAUCUUCUCCAUAGUUUUCUACCUGCUCCUGGGAGCCGCCGUGUUUGACGCGCUGGAGUCGGACAGCGAGGUUUCUCGGAAGAAGGCGCUGGAACAGAAGCUGAACGAGCUGAAGAGGAAGUACGGCUUCACGGCGGAGGACUACAGAGACAUCGAGAGGGUGGUGCUGCAGUCCGAGCCGCACCGCGCAGGGAGGCAGUGGAAGUUCGCCGGCUCUUUUUAUUUUGCCAUCACUGUCAUCACCACGAUUGGUUACGGCCACGCUGCUCCACGCACCGACGCUGGCAAGGCCUUCUGUAUGUUUUACGCUGUCCUGGGCAUCCCUCUGACCCUGGUCAUGUUCCAGAGCCUGGGCGAGAGGAUCAACACAUUCGUCCGCUUCCUCCUGCGCAGAGCCAAGCAGGGCCUGGGCUUUCAGCAGACGGACGUGUCCAUGGGGAACAUGGUGCUGGUGGGCCUGUUGUCUUGCAUGAGCACCCUGUGUGUCGGAGCUGCAGCCUUCUCCCACUUUGAGGACUGGACCUUCUUUAACGCUUACUACUACUGCUUCAUCACGCUCACCACCAUUGGGUUUGGGGAUUUUGUGGCCUUACAGAAGACAGAUGCUCUCCAGAAGCGACCCCGCUAUGUGGCGUUUAGCUUCGUUUACAUUUUGGUUGGGCUGACGGUCAUUGGGGCUUUCCUUAACCUUGUUGUGCUGAGGUUUCUCACUGUUAGCACCGGGGAGCAUGACGUGAAGCCUGAAUCAAGGGAGGAGGAGAUGCCUCAGGAGGUGCCGGAAGCAGAAACUGCUGAUAUAAGCUACAGAGACGGACACAACAGCUUGUGCAACCUGAGCCUUCCCAUGCAGGGGGGCACCAGCUGUAUGAAUCUCCUCCCAUGCCCUGCAGAGGAGUGCAGACUUGUUUUCCCUGAGCAGAAAAAGCUCUCUGAACACAGCAGACUCAGGGCCUUGCUCUCCUGCAUCUGCUGUGAUUUUUACGACCUCCCAUCUCUGCCUCAUCCUGACGAGGUGGGUGGCCACAGCAACCCCGUCUUUUACAACUCCAUCUCCUACAGGGUGGAGCAGGCCUCCUGCAGCUCAUGCAUCACUUCCUCACCGGCCUCCCCCAGCAGUGAGGCUCUCUGUACGGGCAAAAACAAUCCCCACACCAGGAGGAAGUCAUUAUAA